AUGGAGCUGGAGCUAUCAACAGAUGGGGAGGAACUAUCUGAAACCAGCGAAACUCAAGAUAUUGAUACGGAUGAUCUGCUGGAGUUAAAUCAGUUCGACGGGCUCCCUUUUUCUUCAAGGUAUUACAAACUAUUAAACGAAAGAAAAGGUCUGCCGGUGUGGGGAGCGAAAUGCGAGUUUAUGGACAGUUUGAUGAGCAGCCAGGUUGUGAUAGUUACUGGCACAGCUAAAACAGGUGGGAGAGGAGGUGUGAAGGAUUACCUCUGCUCUGCCCUUAGACUGGCUCUGGAGAUACAUCAGAAUCAAAAGCAUGGAGACAUUGUGACAUUUCUGGCAACUGAGCAAGAGAUUGAAUGUGCCCAUGCCAUUUUGCGGCGAGAGGGUGCCAAUCUUGCAUUGUCUCAUGGUGAGCUGGUGCCUGUGUCUCUGUGCCCUGCGCAAGGAGACAGUCUCUCAGUGCUCUCUGAAGGGAGCAAGAGUAGGAGAGUCUUCCUCACCUGCAGCCCCAGUGAAGACUUGUUCUGGGCCGUUCACAGCAUUCGCUUUGUGAUUGAUGCUGGAGUGCAAAAAAGAUAUGUGUACAAUCCUAGAAUCAGGGCCAAUUCCAUUGUUAUUCGACCAAUCAGCAAGAGCCAAGCUGAGAGCCGCAAACAACUUGCAGGCCCAACAGGCAAAUGUUUCUGUUUGUAUCAAGAGGACACGCCACUUCCUGCUGAGAACAUCCCUCAUAUUCUUGAGUCUGACAUUACUUCCACCGUGCUCUUCCUGAAGCGCAUGGAAAUUGCUGGCCUGAGCCACUGUGACUUCAUUGACAGACCGGGUGAGAUACAUUUCUUAUACAGUUUAUCAAAUCUCUAUAAAUUUCAGUAA